GCUGCAGAGCGUUGUAUAAGAGGGAGCUGCAGGGAGCAGUGGAGAAUUAAACGGCAUCACGUUUUCCUCUCUGAGCUGAAGAGAUUAACAAAAUGUUUGGGACUGUGGUGGUUGGAGUUGGAAUUGCUGGCUUAGCACGAAUCCGAGACUUGAUGAAUCCGAUGCCUUCCAGCCCUUCUGAACACCUGAAACUCUUGGGAUUUGUAUCCAGGAGAAGUUUUGGCAAUAUUAAUGAGGCCAAGCAGAUAAGCCUGGAAGAUGCUCUAAGAAGCAAAGAGAUCCAUGCAGCGUUCAUCAGCACAGAGAACAGAAGCCAUGAAGAAACCAUCAGGAUGUUUUUAGAAGCUGGAAAACAUGUCCUGGUUGAGUACCCCAUGGCUUUGUCUGCCAAGGCAGCCCAUGAGCUCUGGGAGAUGGCUGAGCAAAAAGAUAAAGUACUUCAUGUGGAACAUAUUGAGCUUUUGACUGAAGAGUACAAGCAGCUGAAAAAAGAGGUGGCUGGGAAAGACCUGGUGAAGGGAACAUUGCAUUUCACAGGUAGUGUCCUCGAUGAAAACAAAGCAGGAUUCCCAGCGUUCAGUGGAAUUGCCCGACUUACUUGGCUGAUUGACCUCUUUGGAGACCUCACUGUUACCUCUGCCACCAGAGAAAAGCAGAAGGAUAAGAAUUAUUCCAGAAUGACUGUUCACUUUCAGACGACAAACAAGAAACCUCUGACUUGGAUUGAAGAAAGAGGACCAGGGAUGAGACGUGAAAAGAAAAUCAACUUCUGUUUCACAAGUGGUUGCCUAGAGAACUUCCCUCAAGCCCCCAGGUCUGCUGUGGGACUUUUCAUGCAGGAUCAGAACCUCUUUGCCAAAAAACUGCUGGGCCAAGUAUCCAAGGAGGAGCUGGCUGCUGAAAAAUGGCGAAUUUUGCGGUGUCUUGACCUUGCCGAGGUGAUCCAACAGCACUGUGAACCGCCAGAGAAAAUCUGUUCCUGAGACUGCUCUUGGGGGAAGGAGGAACGUGGCAGACGGGAAGGCUGUAGGGCUAGAGCUCAGUGUUACCAUCAAGCAGUUGCUAUUUCUAUUUAAUUACCUUCUUUUUGACUGGCUGUGAUUCCUAGGGUCUCUGGAUGGA